GUCCAGAGAGACUUGAGCGGAGCGUUCGAUUUCUCUCUCCCCUCACUCCCGGCGAGCGCUAUGGAACCGGGCGCUUGAGGGCGGAGCGGCUGCCUUUACCCCAGACAUGUCAGCCGGUCAUCUCGAUGCAGGUACAGUAUACUCUGCAGUAUAAAGGCAUUAUGUACUCAGAGUGGAGGUCUCUACAUCUUGUAAUUCAAAAUGAUAAAGGUCACACCAGCGUACUUCACAGUUAUCCUGAAAAUGUGGGAAGGGAGGUGGCAAAUGCUGUUGUCCGUCCUCUUGGCCAAAUCUUGAAUUUGUCUGGAAAUGAAAGCUUACUAAAAACUGACAAAGAAGUAAAAUGGACAAUGGAGGUGGUUUGCUAUGGGCUGACUCUCCCUUUGGAUGGUGAGACAGUGAAAUACUGUGUUGAUGUAUAUACAGAUUGGAUUAUGGCUCUGGUUAUACCGAAAGAUACAAUUCCUCCACCUGUUAUUAAAGAACCAAAUCUUUAUGUUCAGAGCAUUCUCAAACAUCUACAGAACCUCUUUGUACCUAGGCAGGAUCAAGGUUCCAGUCAGAUUAAAUUGUGUUUGCAAGUUUUGAAAGCUGUCCAGAAAUUGGCUCAUGAAUCAACCAUUAUGGCUAGAGAAACAUGGGAAGUUUUAUUAUUGUUUCUACUGCAGAUUAAUGAUACUCUACUGGCACCUCCAACAGUACAAGGUGGUAUUGCUGAAAAUCUAGCUGAAAAACUGAUUGGUGUAUUGUUUGAAGUCUGGUUGCUAGCCUGUUCUCGAUGUUUUCCUACACCACCUUAUUGGAAAACUGCCAAAGAGAUGGUAGCAAAUUGGAGGCACCAUUCUGCAGUGGUAGAGCAGUGGAGUAAAGUCAUCUGUGCACUUACUGCUAGAUUGUUGCGUUUUACAUAUGGACCUUCAUUUCCACCUUUUAAAAUUCCUGAUGAAGAUGCAAACUUGAUACCUCCUGAAAUGGAUAACGAAUGUGUUGCCCAAACUUGGUUUCGCUUUUUACAUAUGCUGAGCAAUCCUGUGGAUUUGAGUAAUCCAGCGAUAAUAAGUUCUACCCCCAAAUUUCAGGAACAGUUCCUAAAUGUGAGUGGAAUGGCUCAGGAAUUGAAUCAGUAUCCCUGCCUUAAACAUCUGCCUCAAAUAUUCUUUCGUGCUAUGCGUGGGAUUAGUUGCUUAGUGGAUGCAUUUCUAGGAGUUGCUGCAUUUACAACCAGUGUGUGCGAAAGAUUACCCAGAUAUGGUAUUUCAAGACCCCGGGCUGAUAGUGCUCCACCUACACCAGUAAAUAGAUUGAGCAUGCCCCAAACUGCAGCUGUUAAUACAACCCCACCUCAUAAUCGAAGACAUCGUGCUGUAACUGUGAAUAAGCCAACAAUGAAAAACAGCACAGCUAACACUGCUCAUGCUUCCAAACACCAGCCAUCUUCUACUUCUCCGCUGUCUAGCCCAAACCAGACUAGUUGUGAGCCUCGACCACUACCUGCUCCUCACAGGCCAAAAGUUAAUAGUAUCUUGAACCUCUUUGGAUCAUGGCUGUUUGAUGCAGCCUUUGUUCAUUGUAAGCUUCAUAAUGGAAUAAACAGGGACAGCAGUAUGACUGCAUCUUUUAUCCAAAUUCUUCUUUCUUAUAAAUCUUCUAUAGCAACACAAGCAAAUAUGGAGUUUCGCAGGAAAGGUUCACAAAUGUCUGCAGAGACGGUGGCUUCCAAUCCUAUGUUUGAUGCAGGGGAGUUUUCUGACAACUAUGAAUCUGGCAGAGCAGAGGCAUGUGGAACACUCUGUAGAAUAUUUUGUAGCAAGAAAACUGGAGAAGAUAUACUGCCAGCCUACUUAUCUCGGUUUUACAUGCUUUUAAUUCAGGGACUGCAGAUAUCUGAUUCUGUUUGCCACCCAGUUCUGGCUAGUGUCAUCUUAAACUCCCCUGCCUUGUUCUGCUGUGACCUGAAGGGGAUUGAUGUCUUGGUUCCUUACUUCAUUUCAGCACUUGAAACUAUCUUACCUGACAGGGAACUCUCAAAAUUUAAAACAUAUGUGAAUCCCACAGAACUAAGAAGGGCCUCUAUCAAUAUUUUACUGUCCUUGUUGCCUCUUCCUCAUCACUUUGGAACAAUCAAAUCAGAGAUUGUUCUGGAAGGAAAAUUCAGCAAUGAUGAAAGUUCAUCCUAUGAUAAACCAGUAACCUUUCUUUCUUUGAAACUGAGACUUGUGAACAUAUUGAUUGGAGCCCUGCAGACAGAAACAGACCCUAACAAUACACAGAUGAUACUAGCUGCGAUGCUGAACAUUGUGCAAGAUUCAGCACUUCUAGAGGCCAUUGGUUGCCAGAUGGAAACGAAUGAUGGUGAGAAUAUUGUCCUGAAAAGUCACAGUCGCACUAAUAGUGGCAUUAGCACGGCAAGUGGAGGAAGCACAGAACCAACAACUCCUGACAGUGAGAGACCUGCACAAGCUCUGCUGAGAGAUUAUGCUCUUCAUACAGAUACUGCAGCUGGACUCCUGAUCCGCAGCAUUCAUUUGGUAACACAGAGGCUCAACACACAGUGGAGACAGGAAAUGAGCAUCUCGCUAGCUGCAUUAGAGCUUCUCUCUGGUUUGGCAAAGGUGAAGGUUGGCGUUGACUCUUCUGAUAGGAAGAGAGCAAUUAGCUCUGUGUGCUGUUACAUUGUGUAUCAGUGUAGUCGUCCAGCUCCUUUCCAUUCUAGAGAUCUCCAUUCCAUGAUAGUCGCAGCAUUUCAGUGUCUCUGUGUCUGGCUCACCGAACAUCCAGACAUCCUUGAUGAAAAGGAUUGUUUAAAAGAAGUAUUGGAGAUUGUGGAACUGGGAAUCUCAGGAAGUAAAUCCAGAAGUAGUGAACAAGAAGUUAAGUACAAAGGAGAUAAGGAGCCAAAUCCUGCUUCCAUGAGAGUGAAGGAUGCAGCUGAAGCUACCCUCACAUGCAUCAUGCAAGUUCUUGGAGCUUUUCCUUCACCCAGUGGUCCUGCUUCUCCUUGUAGCUUAGUAAAUGAGAUCACCUUAAUUAAAUAUGCUCGGCUGCCUUCUAUAAACAAAUACAGCUUCCGCUAUUUUGUCCUGGAUAACAGUGUCAUCCUUGCAAUGUUAGAGCAGCCCUUGGGGAAUGAACAAAAUGACUUUUUUCCUUCACUCACCAUUCUAAUCCGUGGGAUGUCUGGAAGACAUGCGUGGGCACAACAACUUUGUCUUUUGCCAAAAGGAGCCAAAUCAAAUCAAAAGCUAUUUGUUCCAGAACCCCGACCUGCACCUAAAAAUGAUGUUGGAUUAAAAUAUAGUGUGAAACAUCGCCCAUUUCCUGAGGAAGUGGACAAAAUUCCUUUCGUGAAAGCAGACCUGAGCAUUCCAGACUUGCAUGAGAUAGUUACUGAGGAACUGGAAGAACGUCAUGAGAAGCUGAGAAGUGGAAUGGAUCAGCAAGUGCUUUAUGAGAAAUCUAUAGAUCAGAAAAUGGAAGAAGAAUGGAGGAAGAAAAACUUCCCUGAUCCAGUCACAGAGUGUAAACCAUCACCUCCUGCACAGGAGUUUCAAACAGCCCGCCUCUUCCUUUCUCACUUUGGAUUUCUAUCUCUAGAAGCAUUGAAGGAACCUGCUAAUAGCAGACUACCUCCUCACUUGAUUGCACUUGAUUCUUCUCUGCCCGGGUUUUUUGAUGAUGUUGGUUACCUGGACUUGCUGCCCUGUCGUCCUUUUGAUACUGUUUUCAUUUUCUACAUGAAAGCAGGCCAAAAAACAAGCCAAGAAAUUUUGAAGAACGUAGAGUCUUCCAGAAAUGUUCAACCACACUUCCUAGAGUUCUUGCUAUCUCUUGGAUGGUCUGUUGAUGUGGGCAAGCACCCUGGAUGGACAGGACAUGUUUCAACUAGCUGGUCCAUUAAUAGCUUCUGCGAUGAGGAGGGAUCAGAGCAAGAUGAAGUAAUCUGUUCAGAAGACAUGGGAGCAAAUAUUUUCAAUGGGCAAAGAAAAGUGUUGUAUUACGCAGAUGCUCUUACAGAAAUAGCUUUUGUUGUUCCUUCGCCUGUGGAGUCCUUAACAGAUUCAUUGGAAAGCAAUGCCUCAGACCAAGAAAGUGAUUCUAACAUGGAUCUCCUUCCUGGGAUACUAAAGCAGCAAGCACUGACACUUGAGCUCUUUCCCAAUCAUACAGACAAUCUCAGUACUUCACAAAGGCUCAGUCCAACUUCCAGAUCAAAGAAAUUUCCACAAGGUCGGGCUAUUCCCCCAAUGGGACCUGAAACCAAGGUGUAUGUGGUUUGGGUUGAACGCUAUGAUGACAUAGAGAAUUUCCCUCUCUCUGACUUUGUUUCAGAGACUAGCACUGGAGUAGAAACUACAACAAAUAGCAGCACUUCGCUGAGGUCUGCUAUUCCUGAAAAAGAAGUGCCAGUGAUUUUCAUCCAUCCCCUCAACACUGGAUUAUUCAGGGUAAAAGUACAAGGAGCUACUGGAAAAUUCAAUAUGGUUAUCCCUCUAGUGGAUGGCAUGAUAGUUAGCAGAAGAGCUCUAGGAUUUUUAGUGAGACAGACAGUAAUAAAUAUUUGUCGAAGAAAAAGGUUGGAAAGUGACUCAUACAAUCCCCCUCAUGUCCGUCGAAAACAGAAAAUAGCUGAUAUUGUCAAUAAAUACAGGAACAAACAGCUGGAACCAGAGUUUUAUACCUCUCUUUUUCAAGAGGUUGUACUAAAAAACUGUAAUCCUUAAACCAGGACCCUUUUUGAACAAUUAAAUUGCAGCUUGGUAUCUGCAACAAUGAAAUAAAAUCUUCCCACUUGUGGACUUCUUGUGUAAACAAACCACAUUCUCAGCAUGACUUCUGCUUCUACUGCAAGAAAAUAAAGAGGACUUGCUUUUGGCUCCAGUCCUGCAGUCCUUCUGAGCACAUCGCCACACCUUCAGAUGCUACAGUGGGAGAACCUUUGAUAAUGAAGUAUUAUUUAUUAAUAGACAAUAUAAUGGAUAUAUAGCAAAUAGAAGGUUAACUACACUUCUCAUGAUUUCCCAUGUUUGGGAAAAAAAAAAAAGCCGGAUUCUGAGCAUAGAAUUAACACAUGGUUUCAUAUUGGUUUCUCUAGCAGAUUAGACGUAUGGGCAAAUUAUUUCAGAUAAACUAUUUGUGCAUUUGUCUGCUCGGUUUGCUUUUCCUUUAUGAGCAUCUAACCAGAAAAUUAUAUUUGGAUCUUGACCUCUACUUUCAGAGCCAUGGACUGGUUGCUAAAUGUUUUAUCUUUGUAAAUUGUUAAUGUCUAUGUCUUCUGCUGAUCUGUCCAGAAAAAAAAACCCUUAAACUUUUGGUUUAAGAGAGGGGAGAAGCAAAAAUACUCUUUGGAGUAAAAUGGCACAUUUUGCUCAGUGGUUGGUUUUGAAAUAUAUGCCUUGGUGUAUGUGUUGGUGACAUCUGAGCUAUCCACUACAAUGUUUGAGACACAAGUAAAACCCUUGUUAUAGAAUUUGGUACAGUUGGAUGUAUGUUAUGUGUGUAAACAUACAUACACUCACACGAAAACAAGCUGGUACUUGAAACCUAAAUUAAAAAUUUUACAAUUAUGCUUUCACUCAUUUCAAUUGAAUUCAGGACUUGGCAGGCAUUCCCUAUCUAAUGACAACAGAAAUAAAAAACAUGUUUAAUAUGAAGUCAUAAAAUUGUUGAAAUAAUUAGGCUAUCUACGUAUUUCAGAAGAGUUACAACUCUUUAAAAAAAUUGACAUUAGAAGAGAUGAUUCUGUCAGAAACUGAGCAUUCAUGCUAACAUAUUCUCCUACCCCGGCCUAGUAACCUCAUAACACCUAUUUGUACAGAAUACAUUUGCAUGAUGGUUGAAAGAUUAUUUUCCUUCACUUGCAUUGACUGUUGUGUUGAUACUACUCUAGAUGUUAACAGGACCUACAAUUUUUGGUGGAUAUCAGAAUGAAUUUCUUAUAAUGUCUAUAAGCCUUGAAAAUCUUUGCAUAAUUCUGACGAUGAUAAAUGACUGAAGUAGACAUAGGGUAGAAUAGAAAUGCUUUUACAUAACUUUUGUUGACAUAUCUAAAAAUUAGCCUACACAUGUUGUAAAUAGAAAUAUUUUUCCCCAGAGAAUAUCCAGAAUACUUCAGGGACAAAUCUUUUUGGGAGUAUGGGUAAGCAAUCAAAAAGAUUCUAUGAACUUGGAUUUAAAAAUAUUUUCGAUUGGUUCAAUAGAAUGUAACUCUUAAUAAAUAUAUCAGGAGAUAUUUAGGCCAGCAAGAAUUCGCUUCCUGAUUUUCCAAAAUAAUUUGGUGCUUUGAGCUUUUUGUUUUGUUCCUUUUUUUUUCAACCAUCAUAAUAGAGUAUAAAUCAGAAUAUUUGUGGUUAAUUAUAUAGAACCAGAAGCUGAAAAUUAAACACUUUGCCACAAAGUCACUGGAUUAACUUCAUAAUUAUCCCAGAAUAUUUAGGACUAGUCACUUAUAUAUAAAGGUGAUUAACAGUCUAGUAACUCUUUCUCUGUAUUGAACAAAUUUGAUUUAGAGAAUAAAUCUAAAUAAAGAACCGUAAUAUGCCUUGGAAACUUAAUGUGGAGCUCAUGCAAUAUUUUGGUUUUAAACAUAAUAGUCUGCUGAUUUACUUUGAUGAACAAAUGGCCAGUAAUCAUCUCUAGGAAGUGAAUCUUUAUGUGUUAUAUCAUUAGACACUUUCCAUUCUAAAAUUAAUUAUGGUAAAUUCCUUUCCUACAACAAAGUAAACAAAAUAUGAAUAUUGAUUUUCUUACUCUUGCUGGCAACAGCUAAACCUCUUGCAAAACACUUCAUAAGUUGUGCCUUUCCUUUUUUUAUAUCCAGUUAUACCAGGGUGCAUGGCAUAGACUUAAAAGGAAACAUGUGUAUAAUGAAGUUACAUAUGAAGAUUCCUUUUUUGAUCCAUAUCAUUCUAAAUAUUGAUAUGUAAAGAGAUACUUUCUGGAGGAGGAGGUGUGCAGCAAAGCUGUACUCGUCCAGUUUGCCUGCAAAAGUUAUUUUUUUAACUACUAAAUUUCCAAGGAAAAGCAUUUUGGGACAAAAAUAAUAGUGGGAGUCUUUUAUUUCUUCUUUUAUUUUCUUUAUAGUAAGGUUAUGCCAAAGAAUGAAUAACAUCCAAGAGUGGACCAAUUUGCAAAAAGAGAAUAUGAAAAAGUUUCUAGCUAUGAUGACUGUGUAUUUGUGUGCGUAAUACCUACUUUGCAGCUGGUAUACAAACUUGGUAAUGAGAAUUGUUCACUUUUCAAUAUUCUUUUAAGAGGGAUAAUUUGUCCUUUAAUGUUACAAAUUGUGGCAUUUUUGAAGAGAAAAGUAAUCCUAAAUAAUAGUUUUUGAACAAGAUUGAGUAAUGGACAAGAUGGCUGCAUUGAAUUAACAGGGUGAUUAUUUUUUGUUUGGUAGGUCCAGGAGCAUCUAUUGGAAAAUAAGGACAUUCAAUAAAAUGAAUUGCAAAUUUUGGCAAGUUUUGUGGUUCUAAGGCAGGACUAGAACAGCAAAUAGCAAGGCUAGUGAGGAUCCUGAAAUAUAUAGGCUUUUAUAUAGCAUAUUUGAUACUGAAGACUUGCCAAUAUUAAUGCAGUGCAUGAGCACUAAACUUAAUUGUAGACUUGCUUAGAUACUGUUUAUCUCUAUAAAUUGACCAGUCACAUUUAUUUCCUAGAUUAAAUGGCAUGACCAAUGCAUGGCUACCACAAAACCUAUAACAAGCGUUGAACAAUUGAAUGUCUGCAUAUACACAUCAAUUGCUGACAUAGCUAUAAUUGCUUGAAUCAUAUGUGUAUUCUGGACAAACCGAUUAGUUAAUAUGAUUACUAAUGACCUGUUAAAUCAUCUUGAAUUAAACAGGUAAAAGAAAUCUACAAUGACUUUUAAACUAAUUAGAAACAGGGUGUGAUUUAAAAUAAGUUGCCUUAAACUAUUCAUUCAGAUUUAAAGAUCUAUAGCUCAGUAAAAUAAAUGUUAGUCUGUUAGACUCGUCUAUGAAACCACAAGAAACAUUUUGCUUAUAAAGGGGUUCCUCCCCCCCCCCCCCAAGUUUCUUUUUCUUCUGCAUGUCUGAAUUUAUCCCCUGGCUUGAUUUGACUUAGACUUCAGAAAGCUCUCAAGUAGGCAAACUGCCCUGAAUCUACAUGCAUAAAUCUUAUUUAAAUCUGUUAUCAUAUACAAAAGGUCUUGGUGUUAAGGCCUAUGUGUGAUACUGCUGAUAAAAAUGGUAAGGCAGAAUAUGCAACGGAAAUCUCAUCAAACAGCACUGAGUAUUUAAAAGAAAUGUAUAAGGGCUUACUUUCACUGCAUUCUCUCAGAUAAUGCAUAUGAUGUGGUCCUCUUGUACAGAUGCUGGUUGUCUGUUUUCCAUGUAUAGUUGAGAAGGCUUCCAAAUGCACUGGUAACUUUCUAUUUUCUGUGCAGAGCUGUUGAUUGCAAUAAAAUGUUUUGUCUAGACCUCUCAAAAAUAGUUGCAUUUGAAAAUUUAAUUUUGGGAUCAAUUGAGAUUUCAGACAUCCUACAUUAACCUUCUUCAAGCUGAUAGAAGGUACUUCCAGAUAUUGCUGGACAUCCCAUUCUGGGAAUCCCGACACUUCUGGAGGGCAUUAAUUUGAAGAAAGUUGUUUAAUAUAAAUACAUUCAGGGUAGCCAUUACAUUUCAAAAUUUUAUUUUGAAUACCAUUACACUAGGUAAUUAAAAAGAAUGUAAGUUUAUAAAGCAGAUGGCUUUCCUACCAUUACCGCUGCUUGUUUCCUAUUAUCAUUUCAUUUUGUAUACUUUCAUUCCAGUCUCUUUAUGAGAUACAAUAUUAGGGCUACACAUAUUUAUCCUGUCUACUUCUGUCGUAAAAUGUUGUGCUUACCAUCCUUUCGAUACAUUAUUAUUGGUAUAAGUUGAGCAAGAAAAAAAAAUGCAAUCUUCAUAGCACUUCCAUAUAAAAGCUGUCUGUUUUACUACCUUCAACAAAAAGUUUUCACUUAAAGAAAUAUAAAGCUCUUUUCUUCAGCAGAUUUUCAAGUGUUUAUUAAUGUACAGCAUAAGGAGGGAACUGAAGGGAAUCAUGUUUGAACUAAGUAGCUAAUCUAUAUGCAGAGCAGCUGGGACACAUCUGUAGGAAAGAAAGCUUGUUUCCAAUCCUCAGAACCUUAUUUGCUUCAAUGGGUCGUGAACAGAUAGGAAUGUCUUGAGAAUUGGACUGUCCAAUAUGUGAAAUGGCUUCCCAGUCAGGAAGCAUACAAUUGUCAUGCAGCUGAAUAUUUGGCACAGGAGGAUUAUAGGACUACAACUUAAGAUGAACAGGGAACAAAAAUAACUGUGAGUUCACAAUCAUAAGAGGGUAUCUUUGACAAAGUGCUUUGAAAGAGAUGGCCUAGAUACCAUAUGCUUAAAAUCAUGUACAAUUAUGUAUAAAGUUCUAUAUGUUGCCAAGACAUGAUUUUUUGUUCUUGCUGUAUUUUCUGUAAAUAAUCCUAGCACUAAGUUGUAAAGGUAGACUGUAAAUACAAAGAUGUGAAGCUGUGCUCCUCUGUCUCUAGUAUUUUAUCUCUUGUUUAGAGAAGGCACAAAGGCUUGUUUGUAUUUAUGCCAACUCCUUGUCCAGAAGAAACACAUCAGAUACUGAAUGUAACACAAUUAGUCAAAUAAAUUUUAAAGAUAUUCUUAUGUA